AUGAGGAUAUCAAAAGCGUGGCCAAAGACCAUUUCACUGUAUAUUACAGUUUUUGUAAUUUUGGAGGUUCUUGAACAGGUAAGUUGGAUGUAAAAUUUCGUAUUUCUCAGAAUUUGAAAUUCGGAUUGUGGCGAAAAAUUUGACCAGAAUUUUUGAAGUUUUUGGGCGUAAAAUUUGUGGGAGUUAUCGGGAUUUUUGAUCAAAUUUUUUUAAUUUUGAAUUUUUUUUAACAAAAAACGUUUUUUUAUCUAAAAAUUGUAUUGAUUUUUUUAUUUUUUUUAUUUUUGGAUUUUUUUAUUUUUUAAUUUUUUUAUGUUUAAAUACUUUUUAUUUCUUAUUUUUUUCAGACAUACUCUCUAUCGAUGUUGAACCUAAAAUUUACGCACCAAUUCCGUCCCAAUCAUUGCAAGGCGCGGAAUUGUCGGACUCGGAUUUGUGUCAAGCAAUUCCAACACAAUUUCGUUCCAAAUCAACAGUGCCUGUUCGGAGAGGGUACUGUAGAUUGGACCUGGGUUGAAGAGGGGGAACCGCUGAGCAUCAAGGUCGCUAUCAACAAUACUCGAGUAAGAAAUUUUAUUUUUUUUUAAAUCAAAAAAAUAUAACAAAAAUGACGCAAUUAAAAAAAUUUUUUGGAAUAAAAAUCUGUUAUUUUUUAUCAUUUUUUUUUUUUGAUUUUUCUUUAUUUUUUAAAAUUUUUUUUUCGAUUUUUUUUAUUUUUUCGAUUUUUUCAGCUCGUAUUUUACCCUUAAUUUUCCCAAAAUUUUUUUUCAGAACUCUGUCACAAUCUCCCUGGAGACCUAUCUUUUCAACAUCACGACGUUGGAACGGAUGGAUACCGAUAAAAAUGGCAAUCAACUUACUGGUAAAUAACUAAAUAACUUUGAAAGCCUGAUUUUAUUGAUCGUAUUUUACCACAAAAAAGAGUUUUUUCUUCAAUGCUUUCUUAUCAAUUUUAUAGCCGUUUUGGCUCGUGUCGUUAUUUUUUAUGUUUAUUCGACCCUCUUAUCAACCAUAUUUUUUAUCGCAAAUUUAGACAGAAGCCAUUUUUUUUGAUGUUGCGCAAAAGGUCAGAAAAUGGGCUGUGCAAACAAUGUAGAGAGUAAAAAAAUUAGGAAUUAGUGAGCACUUUGCCAUGCAAAAAAAUAAAAAAUUUAUAUUACACUUGACAAAAAAAUUUUUUUUUUUUUUUUUUUGAAAAUCUAAAAUGAUUUUGGCUACAAAAAAGUUUGUUUUAGUGAUUUAUCAGCCUCGAAAAACCAUUUAAAUUUGUUACUACAUAUUUUUAAAACCAAAGUUAAAUUAUCCAUGACAAUUCUUCCAAAUUUUGCUAAUUUUUUUACCAUUUUCCCCCAAAAAAUCUAAAUUUGGUUGUUACUCUCUUUUCCUGGCAAAAUGAACUUUCCUGGCCUUUUAUUUGCCGGGCAAACAAUGACCCUAAACGGUCAUUUAUUUACUGUGUCGGCACUUCUUUCCAUUCCCAGAUCUCCCCCUUUUCCAAAUCGAAUGGCUAAUUGGAUUAGAGGGAUUAGUCAGCGGAAAGGGGUUAAAGGAUCACAAAAGUUCGUGGGAAUCAAACGAUUUGGGAAGUUGAAAAAGUUGAGGUAUGAAUUUGAAUACUGUAACAAGCAAAAUUUGAAGUAAGAAUAAUUUGCAGUUUUUAAAAAAUAAUGGUUUGUAAAAUACGCUUAAAAUAGCUCUACCUGCUGUAAAAUUUCAUUUCGAACAAAGUAAAAGGAAGACUGCCUCAUGCUGGAAUCGAACCAGCGACCUUCUGUUUACUAGACAGACGCUCUGCCCCUGAGCCAAUGAGGCACGGCGCUCGGCACUUUCAAGUGACUAACUGUGAGUGAGCAAAAAGAAUUUGAUAAAAAGAAUGGGGUAAAAUACGGCGAGGACAAAAUUUUUCAAAUAUUUUAGUGGCAAAUCUGUAGGAAAGUCCAAAGGUUGGCUCGGAAUUCUCAUUUCGAUCGAAAUAUCGAUUAAUAAAUGAGGUUUUGCCCUGAAAUAAUACAAAAUAAUACAGUUUUUAAUUCUAUUUUUUUUUAACUUACCGGUUUUGCCAUUCCACAUACAAAAAUCGUCCGGAUUUUAUUGAAUUCAUCCUUAAACUUGUCUAAAAUCACAGACAAUUUGUUAAACGUAUUUUAAAACUUCUAAAAUACCUUUUUCUUGAGCUGACUCUUCUUUUUGCUUCUUAUCAAGAAAACAGCACAAAAACAUAAAAAUUGCGAAAAAAGUUGAAAUAAAACUUACAGUAAGACAGAAAAAGAUACAAAACUAUUUAAAAUUAAAUUUUCAUUGCCGCCUAAAGUAUGCAUAAAGGCCUAAAAUCAUAAUUUAAAGAUUUUAUGACCAGUAUAAUUUGUUUUUUGCAGACCUCCAAGUCUGGAAAGGCCCAUUGCCCCGGCAUUACGUGGAUUGGGACGAACGGGCCGAUCUCUCCUUGAAAUCCGAAUGCGCCGCCGAUUAUUACGGGGAAGAUUGCUGGAGUCAUUGUCAGAUCACAGAGUUCGAUAAAAGAACCGGGGAGUUCGAAUGCGAUCCCAAAAAUGGAACAAAAGUCUGCAAAAGUGGAUUUUACGGGGACAAAUGCGAUCGAGGUAAGGAAUAGGGGCAAAAUAGAAAGUUUUUUAUGAUUUUUUUGCCAAAAAAUUUAUUUUUAUUUUAUUAUUAUUAUUAUUAUUAUUAUUUUUUUUUUGUUUUUCUUUUAUAUGUUUUAUAACCUAAAAUUUUUCAAAAAAAUCUUCUUUUCAGCCUCCGCCUGCCCCACCGAAUGUCUCAACGGCUACUGUAAAAAGAACGGCCAAUGUGAAUGCAAUUUCGGCUAUCAAGGCGAUAAAUGCGAUCGUUGUAGGCCCCAAGAAGGCUGUGUAAAUGGGUACUGCGAACGUCCCAAUGAAUGCAAGUGUUUUCCCGGAUAUUCUGGCCCCAAUUGCACGCAUAUGGCCAGUGUUUGUGUGGCCAAAAAACCGUGUCUGAAUGGAGGGGGAUGUCUGAAUUUGGCCGGGGGAAAAUAUCGGUGAGUUUUGGAAAAUGAAAAAAAAGUUACGAAAAUAGCAAAAAAUAUGAAAAAAUUAAAAUUUUAUAAAAAAUUUUGCUUUUUUAAAAUACGAAAUAUUGAGUUAACUUAAUUUUAACCCAAAUAAAAAAUUUUUUAUCCAACUUUUUUCAGUUGCGACUGCCCUCCCGGCUUCAUGGGUGCACAGUGCGAGAAAAAAGUGACCAGUUGUGCUGAUGAGCCAUGUCAAAAUGGCGGAAAAUGUGUUCAGGUGAGCUUUAAACAUCAUUUCAAGCAUUUCAAAAAAAAUUUUUUAUUUUUUCGGAAAUUUUUAUUUUUUCAUAAAUUUUUUGAUUCCGCAUUUUACCCUCAUAUUUUAGCCAUUUGGUCAUCCAUUGAGUUGUGAGUGCCCUCGAGGCACAUUUGGUCGAUAUUGUCAAGUGAAAGGGAGCUCUUGCCGGGAUUUGCCCUGUGAAAAUGGCGCACAGUGCUUCGAAGCGGAGGGAAGAGUGCACUGUGCGUGUCCGAAGGGGUUCCGAGGCGAUAUUUGCGAUCAAAAAGUGCUCGCGUGUGCUGAGAAUUCUUGUGGAAACGGUAAGCGAUAUAUACUUUGGGAAUUUUGCCUGAAAAAGGCUAAAAAAUCAAAAAAAAUUGCGCAGACUGCGCCCUAGCUUUUUAAAUCGCUUAUAUCUCUGUUAUUUUUGCGAAUUUUGGUCUAAAAAUCUUAGUAAGUGUUUAGAAAACUGUUAUCUUCAAUCUAUAAAAAUUUUAAAAUUUUUGAUGAUUAAAAUUAAUUUCGUAUUUUAGGUGGUAAAUGCAUCGAAAAUCCGCAUAAAAUAGGUGGAAUCGAAUGCAAGUGCCCUACGGGGUUCUUCGGAAUUCAUUGUGAAAUGGUUGUCGUGGAUUGUAGGGUAAGUAAUAUAUUUCUUCGUAUUUUACAUUUUUUUUAUUUAAAAAAAAUUAAUGUCAUUCAUCGUAUUUUACCCUCAGAAUUUUUUCAAAAAUGUUACGCAAUGUUUGUCUGACCCUCUGGUAUACACAAUAUCAAUCUGUCGCCAUGUUUGUUUUCCAUAAAAAUCUCGUGUUUCGCCCCCGAAAACGAUUAUCGCCGAAUUUACGGGCAUUUUUAUGGAGAUUGCGCAACAUUUUUAUGAGUAAUUAGGCAAAUUAGAUAAAAAUUCGGAAUAAAAAAUACGGUGAUUUUUAUUUUUUUUUCUCGCAAAAAUUUUGUGGAAUUGUGAGGUUAAAAUACGCGGUGAAUUCUAAGUGAGUAAAAUAAUUUCUUUUUUAAUUUAAUAUUUAUUUUUUCAGAGUUCUCCAUGUCUGAACGAAGGGAAAUGUAUGAAAAAUGAGACUGGUUAUAAUUGCCAAUGCCCUGCUGGAUUCACCGGGGGAUUCUGUGAGAUUCGGAUUCGACAAGUUGAAGUGGAACAUAAAACGUAAGUCUAACGUAAAAAAAUGUUUUAAAAGUUAUAAAAUUGAGCCAAAAAGUCAAAAAAAUAAAAAAAAAGUCAUGGUAAAAUGAUUAUGGUAAAAUACGUUUAUUGUUUCAGUUUCCUAAAAUACCAAGCAAAAAAUGUUUUUUUUUUGAAUUUUUUUGCAGUUUUUGACUUAAAAAUCUUUGUAAUUUCUGCUAAAAAUUUUAGAAUUUUUUUUAAUUUAUCACAUUUUUCAUCAAAAUCUAUGCCAAAAAUUUUGUGGUAUCUUUUUGCAAAAAAAAUUUUUUUUAAUUUUAAUUUAUGCAAAUUUUAGAAAAAAACGAAUUUUCAAAAAAAAAUAAUAAUAAAUUUUUUUUCGAUUUUUCUCCUCUAAUAUCUCAAAUUUUUCAGAUAUUUCCAUUACUCGGUCCCCCUGAUCAUCACCAUUCUCCUGAUCCUUUCCCUGAUCGCCCUUCUAAUCUUCCUGAUUCGCAAAUUCCUUCGAUUACCCGGCUUUUUGGAGCAGAUGAUGAAGGAUUCCAACCCUCCACCACCUCCAUAUUCGGAGGCCAAUAAUGUGGGGACGAAGUUGUUGAAAGUUGGAGGGACUGAAGAGCUGAAGGAAUUGAGGGCGGAUGAGUUGGAGAGCGGGAAGUAUCGACGGAAACGGUAAGGAAUUUCGGUCGAUUUUUUUUCGAAAAAAUAAAUAUUCAAAUCUAAAAAAAAAAUAAUUUUUUUUGAAAAUAGCUUUAUUCCAUAGCAAAUAAAAAAAAUUUUUUUUUACAAAUUUCAAAAAUCCCUAUUUCAGCUCUCCCUCGAACCCCUACAGCUCCGAGCCGCAGGAAGAUGACAUUUUAUACAUUGAGUCGGAGAAAUAA